CCUUUGCUCUUGGAAACUUGUGGUGCUCUUUGCUAAUGGUGACAAUGUUUUUUAAAAGUACAGCUAUGUAUUGAACAUUUAUUAUGUUCAGCACAUUGUGCAGAUCUCUGUAGUGAAUAUAAAAAAAGUUAAGACCCAGUCCCUGCCCUCUAGAAGUUAAAACUGUUUGGGGAGACAAUAAUUAUGAAUACACCUAGUUGUCAUAAAUGCUAGGUAGUAUAAAGUCACUUACUAUAAAGGUGGUAUGGUAUCUAGUUUUAAUCAAAUUCAUCUUUCAGUGGUGAGCCAGAUGAAUGAGCAAAGAGGUCAAAAAGCAAGGCUGUCUGUCUUAAUUCUGAUAAUAUCCUUGAAAAGAAAUAUAUAGAGGUGUAUUCCAGAGGUGACAGUUCAUGGCACUCACAGUUAGAGCAUGCUAUUUGGCACUUAUUUUUGUCAUCAUGUGGCUGUUGGUUAAAGCAAAAAUAGAUGUGUGCAAAAGAGGAGAUGUGACCGUGAAACCUUCCCAUGUCAUCUCACUUGGAUCAGCUGUCAAUAUCUCAUGCUCUUUGAAGCCCAAGCAAGGCUGCUCUCAGUAUUCCAGCUUUAAUAGGUUAAUCCUCUACAAGUCUGACAGAAGAAUCAAGCUACAGGAUGAUCACUCCCUCAGUACUCAGGUCUCAGGUCUGCCUCUGGGUACAACACUGUUUGUCUGCAAAUUGACCUGUAGCAGUAGUGAGGAGAUCCGAAUAUGUGGGGCAGAGAUCUCAGUUGGUGUUGCUCCAGAACAGCCUCAAAACUUAUCUUGUACACAAAAGGGAGAACAUGGGACCUUGGCCUGCACCUGGGACAGAGGACAAGACACCCACCUAUAUACUGAGUAUACUUUACAGUUAAAUGGACCAAAAAAUUUAACAUGGCAGAAACAAUGUAAUGAUUAUUAUUGUGACCAUUUGGACCUUGGAAUCAACCUAAACCCUGAAUCACCUGAAUCCAGUUACACAGCCAAGGUUACUGCUAUCAAUAGUCUUGGAAGUGCUUCUUCAUUUCCAUUCACAUUCACAUUCUUGGACAUAGUGAAGCCUCUUCCUCCGUGGGACAUCGGAAUCCAAUUUGUAAAUGAUUCUGUGAGCAGAUGCAUUCUUCAGUGGAGAGAUGAGGGGAUGGUGCUGCUUAAUCGACUCAGAUAUCGGCCCAGUAACAGCAGGUCCUGGAAUAUGGUUAAUACUACAAAUGCCAAAGGAAGACAUGAUUUGUUGGAUCUGAAACCAUUUACAGAAUAUGAAUUUCAGGUUUCCUCUAAGCUACAUCUUUAUAAAGGUAGUUGGAGUAAUUGGAGUGAAUCAUUGAGAAUGCAAACACCAGAAGAAGAGCCUACUGGGACAUUAGAUGUCUGGUACAUGAAGCAGAACAUUGACUACAAUAGACAACAGAUUUCUCUUUUCUGGAAGAAUCUGAGUGUAUCAGAGGCAAGAGGAAGAAUCCUUCACUAUCAGGUGACUUUGAUGGAAGCAACAGGGAAGAAAGUCACGCUACAGAACAUCACAGAACAUACCUCCUGGACCUGGGUCAUUCCCAGAACUGGGAACUGGGCUGUGUCUGUGUCUGCCGCUAACUCAAAAGGCAGUUCCCUGCCCACUCAUAUUAACAUAACGGACCUGUGUGGGGCAAGGUUGCUGGCUCCCCGCCAGGUCUCUGCAAGCUCCGAGGGCGUGGACGUUACGGUGGUGUGGGAGCCCCCCGGGGAGCCUGCCCCAGCUGUCCAAGAGUACGUGGUGGAGUGGAGGGAGCUCCGGCCGGCGCGCAGCGCGCUGCCCCCGCUGAACUGGCUCCGGGCUCCCCCCUACAACGUGUCCGCUGUGAUUUCAGAGAACAUAAAACCUCACAUGUGUUAUGAAAUCCGCGUGCACGCGCUGUCAGGGCGCCAGGGGGGAUGCAGCUCCAUCCGCGCUAACUCUGGGCACAAAGCACCACUGAGUGGCCCCCACAUUAAUGCCAUCACAGAGGAAAAGGGGAGCAUUUUCAUUUCAUGGGACGAAAUUCCAGCCCAGGAACAAAUGGGCUGCAUCUUGCACUACAGGAUAUACUGGAAGGAACGGGACUCCACUGCCCAGCCUCGACUCUGUGAAAUUCCCUAUCGGGUCUCUCCAAAUUCACAUCCAAUAGACAGCCUGCAGCCCAGAGUGAGAUACCUCCUGUGGAUGACAGCUCUGACAGCAGCUGGUGAAAGCCCCCAAGGAAAGGAGAGGGAAUUUUGUCUGCAAGGUAAAGCCAGUUGGAGCACAUUUGUGGUACCGAGCAUUUGCACUGCUAUCAUCGUGGUGGGCGUUUUCUCAGUGCGCUACUUCCGGCAAAAGGUAUUUGUUCUCCUUUCAGCCCUCAGACCUCAGUGGUGUAGCAGAGAAAUUCCGGACCCAGCGAACAGCACUUGGGCCAAGAACUAUCCCACUGUGGAGGAGAAGAUCCAGCUGCCCUUGGACAGGCUCCUGACAUACUGGCCCACUCCGAAAGAACCCGAGCCCCUGGUCAUCAGCGAAGUCCUUCAUCAAGUGACCCCCGUCUUCACACAGCUCCUUCGUUCCAACUGGCCAGAAAAGGGAAAAGGAGUCCAAGGUCACUAUACCUCUGAGGAAGACACAGGGUCCAGUGCCUCAAGCUCACCACCUCCCAGAGCUCUCACAGCAGAGACAGGACAGCUUGUGGAUCUGUACAAGGUGCUGGGGAGCAGGGGACCUGACUCAAAGCCAGGAAACCCAGCAAGCCUGACAGUCCUCCCAAUGGACUAUCUUCCCACUCAUGAGGGCUACUUACCCUCCAACACAGACUAUCUCCCUUCACACGAGGCUCCUGUAACUGAGCCCCUGGAAGAACUGGAGCCUCAGCACAUCUCUCUUUCUGUUUUCCCCUCAAGUUCCCUUCACCCGCUCACCUUCUCCUGUGGUAAGAAGCUGACUUUGGAUCGGUUAAAGAUGGGGUGUGGCUCUCUCAUGCUUUGAGCGAAGCUUGGAACUUAGAAAGUCCAAGUGUUCCCAACCAGCACAGUGUUACAGUAUACCCAACCCUCUGCUCCUUGUCAUCACCUCUGGGUGCUAUCAUUAGGUCUGGCUGCAGCUAGAGAGCAAUCAAGCCAGCUCAGGUGAAUCUCAGGAACUGAGAGUUGGCUGCAACUCAGACCCCUCAGCUUGCCUUCUCCUGUGGCUUAAGAUUACAUCCUCACUGCAUGGAUCAGCAGACUCCAGUCUAAGCUCCUGCACCUUUCUUGGCUAUGCUGGCUAGAAAGGGGAAAGUGGAAACCAAAGCUCUUACUAGCAGUGGCAUACAGUCCUGAGGACCACUCAUGCAACAACUGUUUAUAAAGCGGCUACUACAUGCCAGGUCUUACGUCUAGAUCAGCACUGUCCGACAGGCCUGUCUGCACUGCACAAUAUUGGCUGCUGACACUUUGGAAUUGUCUAGUAUGAACUGAAUUUUGAAUGUAAUUAAGUCAUACAUGAGCUAGGGGCUACAGUAUUAAACACAGCUACAGGUGAUGAAUACAUUAGUAAGAAAUACAGGGGAACCUUCAGAACAGAUCAGCCUAGUUUUUUACAUGGCAUAAAAGACCCUGGUGAACACCAAUAUAAAAGUACUUCCAAGAUUGUCCUGACUGUCCUUAUGUAUUUGUGGAAGCCUAAGAAUGCAUUUUCCCCCCUA